CCGGGCGAAGACUAUCGCGGGCCCAUGCAGGACGCGGAGAACGUGGCGGCGCCCGAAGCGGCCGAUGAGCGGGCAGAGCCCGCGCGGCAGCAGCCGGCCGCUCAGCCACCCCCGGACGAGGAGUCGGCUGGGUCCGGAACGCCCGAGGCAGCGCGGAGCGAGGACACCGAGGAAGAGGCGGCGGCUGGGCCGGAGCCCGAGGUGAGUGCGGAGCAGACAGAGGAGGCAACCCCCGGCCCGGCCGCAUCGCCCCCACCCCCGCCCACCGAGGAGCCGGCGCCGCAGUCCGAGCCCGAACCCCCGGGAGAGCAGGCCAGCGAGCAGUGCGCCGAGGAGGCGGCCGGGCGCGAGGGUAGCGCGGCCGAGGCCGCACAGCGCCCAGUAGAGAACGGCGAGGCGGACGAGCCUUCCUUCAGCGACCCCGAAGACUUUGUGGAUGACGUGAGCGAGGAAGAAUUGCUUGGAGAUGUACUCAAAGAUCGGCCUCAGGAAGCAGAUGGAAUUGAUUCGGUGAUUGUAGUGGACAAUGUUCCUCAGGUGGGACCUGACCGACUUGAGAAACUCAAAAAUGUCAUCCACAAGAUCUUUUCCAAAUUUGGUAAAAUCACAAAUGAUUAUUAUCCUGAAGAGGAUGGAAAGACAAAAGGAUAUAUCUUCCUGGAAUAUGCAUCUCCUGCUCAUGCUGUGGAUGCUGUGAAAAACGCUGAUGGCUACAAGCUCGACAAGCAGCACACCUUCCGAGUGAACCUCUUCACCGAUUUUGACAAGUACAUGACGAUCAGUGAUGAAUGGGAUAUCCCAGAAAAACAGCCUUUUAAAGACCUGGGAAACUUACGUUACUGGCUAGAAGAGGCAGAAUGUAGAGAUCAAUACAGUGUGAUUUUUGAGAGCGGAGACCGGACUUCCAUAUUCUGGAAUGAUGUGAAGGAUCCUGUCUCAAUUGAAGAAAGAGCGAGGUGGACAGAGACAUACGUGCGUUGGUCUCCCAAGGGCACCUACCUGGCCACCUUCCAUCAGCGAGGCAUCGCUCUUUGGGGGGGAGAGAAAUUCAAGCAGAUCCAGAGGUUCAGCCACCAGGGGGUUCAGCUCAUCGACUUCUCACCUUGUGAGAGAUACCUGGUGACCUUUAGCCCCCUGAUGGACACUCAGGAUGACCCUCAGGCCAUAAUCAUCUGGGACAUCCUUACUGGGCACAAGAAGAGAGGUUUUCACUGUGAGAGCUCAGCCCACUGGCCUAUUUUCAAGUGGAGCCAUGAUGGCAAAUUUUUUGCAAGAAUGACAAUGGACACCCUUAGCAUCUAUGAAACUCCUUCUAUGGGUCUUUUGGACAAGAAAAGUUUGAAGAUCUCUGGAAUAAAAGACUUUUCUUGGUCUCCUGGUGGUAACAUAAUAGCCUUUUGGGUGCCAGAAGACAAGGAUAUUCCAGCCAGGGUGACCCUGAUGCAGCUUCCCAGCAGACAAGAGAUCCGAGUGAGGAAUCUCUUCAACGUGGUAGAUUGCAAGCUGCACUGGCAGAAAAAUGGAGAUUACUUGUGUGUUAAAGUAGACAGGACGCCAAAAGGCACCCAGGGUGUUGUCACAAAUUUUGAGAUCUUCCGAAUGAGAGAGAAACAGGUACCUGUCGACGUGGUUGAAAUGAAAGAAACCAUCAUAGCCUUCGCCUGGGAACCAAACGGUAGUAAGUUUGCUGUGCUCCAUGGAGAGGCUCCACGGAUAUCUGUCUCCUUCUACCAUGUCAAAAACAAUGGGAAGAUCGAGCUCAUCAAAAUGUUCGAUAAGCAGCAGGCAAACACCAUCUUCUGGAGUCCCCAGGGGCAGUUUGUCGUGCUAGCUGGUCUGAGAAGCAUGAAUGGGGCCCUGGCGUUCGUUGACACCUCAGAUUGCACUGUCAUGAACAUUGCAGAGCAUUACAUGGCCUCUGAUGUUGAGUGGGACCCCACUGGACGCUAUGUCGUCACCUCUGUGUCCUGGUGGAGCCAUAAGGUGGACAAUGCUUACUGGCUGUGGACAUUCCAGGGACGCCUCCUGCAGAAGAAUAACAAAGACCGCUUCUGCCAGUUGCUCUGGAGACCUCGGCCCCCAACACUCCUCAGCCAGGAGCAGAUAAAGCAAAUUAAAAAGGAUCUGAAGAAAUAUUCAAAGAUCUUUGAGCAGAAGGAUCGUUUGAGCCAGUCCAAAGCCUCAAAGGAACUGGUGGAAAGGCGGAGAACCAUGAUGGAAGACUUCCGGAAAUACCGGAAGAUGGCCCAGGAGCGCUACAUGGAGCAGAAAAAUGAGCGUCUGGAGCUGAGAGGAGGGGUGGACACGGAUGAGCUGGACAGCAAUGUGGAUGACUGGGAGGAAGAGACCAUCGAGUUCUUUGUCACAGAGGAGAUCAUUCCCCUUGGGAACCAGGAGUGACCAGAGCACUGUGGUCACCGUGCUGGGCCCGGUCGCUGAGGCCCUCCUGCAGAAGGCCUGCACAGCUCCUGGGUUUUUACCUGUGCUUUCUUUCACUCUGGACUGUGAACGCACCUGGGACCCUUCCAUCACGACACGAUUUUGUGCCUUUAACCCCUGGUGUCCGCAGUGGGCAGUUUUAGGCACUGCUUUCACUUUCUCCUGUUUGGAUGUCGCCACCGCCAUGAUUGCACCUGGACUCCGCUGCAGUGCUCCUGUGGCUACUCUCCUGCUGUGGUGUUGUUUACAGGGGUCGCCGCAGCUGAGUGGUUGGUAACUGUGUUCGAGGACUUGCCCCUGCGUGGGCCCAUGUCAGGUGCAUCCUGGAGACCAGCAGGGAGGUGCCCACCAGGUGUCCAGGAAGCACUGCCUGUGCCUGCCCUUUGGGGGUGGCAGGUCCUCUUGGCAGGCUGACCGUGGAAAUAAAGCAAACCUGUAUGAACAA